UUUUUGCACAGCCGGAAGCAGGAGAAGUGAGAGAGACCGAGCAUCGCGGGAACAUCUCAUCUCAGAUCUUCAGGUUCUUCCACACCUACAGAAAUACUGCAUAAUGGAAACGAAGAAGGUUUUUAACUUCGGGUCAGGACCUGCAAAGCUUCCACAACCUGUUUUAAACCAAGCCCAGAGAGAACUGCUGGAUUAUGACGGUAUCGGGAUUAGUGUCCUGGAAAUGAGCCACAGGACGUCUGACUUUUCCAAGAUAAUCAACUCAGCUGAAACUCUACUUCGUGAACUUCUGAAUGUACCUGAAAACUACAAGAUUUUGUUUCUACAAGGCGGAGGCACAGGCCAGUUCAGUGCUGUUCCUCUGAAUCUAAUCGAUCUGAAGGAGGGCAGAUGCGCUGAUUAUAUUGUAACUGGAACCUGGUCUGCAAAAGCAGCGAAAGAGGCCGAGAAGUACGGCAAAGUGAAUGUGGUCAAUCCCAAAGCGGACCGAUACACUGGAAUCCCGGACAGCAGCAGUUGGUCACUGAACCCUUCGGCAUCUUACGUCUACUACUGCUGCAACGAAACAGUCCAUGGCAUUGAGUUUAACUUCAUCCCUGACACCAAGGAUGUGAUUCUUGUCAGUGAUAUGUCCUCAAAUAUCCUAUCACGACCAGUUGAUGUAUCAAAGUUCGGGCUCAUAUUUGCGGGAGCACAGAAGAAUGUUGGCUGUGCAGGAGUCACUAUUGUGAUCGUACGGGAGGAUCUGCUGGGUAAAGCUUUGAAGGAAUGUCCUACUGUGUUCGAUUACAAAGUGCAAGCUGAAAAUAAUUCCCUCCACAACACCCCACCUUGCUACAGCAUCUACAUUCUGAAACUGGUUCUGGAGUGGAUCAAGAAUAACGGCGGCGCAGACGUCAUGGAGAAACUGAGCAAACAGAAAUCCUCUCUGAUAUACGACAUCAUCAGCAGCUCCAACGGAUUUUACUCAUGCCCCAUCGAUGUCACGUGUCAGAGUCGCAUGAACAUUCCAUUCCGCAUCGGAAACAUAGAUGGAGAUCAAGAUCUGGAAAAACUGUUUCUGGAAGGUGCUUCCAAACUCAGAAUGAUUCAAUUAAAAGGACACAGGUCUGUUGGUGGAAUACGAGCUUCUCUGUACAAUGCAGUGACUGUGGAAGAGACUCAAGUGCUCGCUGCCUAUAUGAAGGAGUUUGUAAAGAAGCAUCAGCCCAAUAACUUGCAGCAUUAAACUGUAGGUCAUGUUA